UGUCAAACAACCAACAUAUCAGGUUCUGCACGUAUUUUCUGUCUCGGUGGGCUUUUGCAGAUAAAGCCAAAUACGCACAUAUGUAGCCAGAGUCAACAGAUCAAUGCCUAUUAUGCAAUGACAUGGUGCUGGGGCCUUACAAAUACCCCGCAGAUGACAGUGAGUAGUCGACCAGCAGACUGACAGCUUCCCCAGCAACUAGCAAACUAAUUUCUUUGAUUUUACAAAGACAAAAGUGAGUCGGCAGAAAGACUCACUUGAAAUCAGUUUUGAAAUUGAAAACGUACAGUCAGCGACUCAGUUUACAGAGCUUGCAUCAAGUACGUUCUUCAAGGGGCAGCAGAUCUGCGAUUCACUAAUCUGCAAAAUGCAAGUUGUUCGUCAGUGUUCAGCGUGUGCCAGUCGUGCUGCCGGAGGAUUCGUGCGAAAUCAGACAGACAUGUCGCUGCUGCGGAGCAGCAAGAGAGCCUGCGUCCGUGACCUCAGUUCUGAGAGUGCCUCUCUGAGCAGCACCAAGUCUGGAGUGGAGAACGCUGCACACAUGGCCUUCGCAUCUUUAAGUGUUCCCCGUGGGCUUUGUGUUGUACAGCCAGUGGAAAACCUUUCUCACGAGUCCCUGAUCAGAAGGGCAAUCUCUGUGGUGACGGACGGUUCCAGUACUUUCCUCUCCCAGAGCACCUUGGCUCUCGUCGAUGCCCUCACAGUCUAUUCAGAGGCUGUGCACACACGCUCUGCUCUCCAGAGACGGUAUUUGGCCUCAUUUGGAAAGCUGACCCCAGCAGAGGAGGACUCGUUCCAGCAGGCGAUCAAUGGCCUGCGUGCAGAGGCUAGCGACAGACUAGAUGAAUGCAAACGUUUUGAGUCAUCCUGGAUCAAUGCUGUCAACUUGUGCAAAAUGGCAGCUGAGGCUGCAUGUACCUCAGGAGCCGAGCAGGCCUCCAUCACGGUGAGGACAAACAUCCAAGUGGCCCAGUUGCAGGUGGAGGAGGCACAGAAACUGUCGGCGGAGGCAGAUAAGAAGUUGGCCGAGACUAAAGUAGAAGAGAUCCAAAGGAUGGCCGAAUACGCUUCCUCUCUAGACGAUAGUGAGGAGCACGAGGUGCACGAAGCUUAUUUAAGAGAGGACUAAGAGAAAUAGACCAACGGAAAAACAGAAAAAAAAGAAAUGAAUGCAUAUCAAAGUGUUAUUUCAUAUACAGAUUCAACUUAAAAAGCUUUAUGAGCUUUUUACGUUUCAUUUGUUUUCUCUCUUCAUGUUGAGCCUGUAAGCUGUUUACAUGUGAUACAAAGAAAAUGUAAGUAUGAGAGAGGGAAAACUUAAAAAAUGAACCAUAAUUCUUUACAUUGCAUGAAUCAUUAUUUAAGACUAUUUAUUUGAUUAGUGAAUGUCAGCUGUUUUCUUUUAGCUUUUGGAAAAUUAUUUUCAAAUCUUCAGUUUGUGAUCUGUGGCAGUGAGGUUUAUCCAAUAUACUGCAUUUUGUAUGUUUUAUUGUGACAAAGACAGUUUUUUAUAUAGAAAUGAUGUUUGUAUCAUUGUCGUCUCACUGUUCACGUGAUAGUGAAUAAUACAAUAAAGCUAUAUCUAUUUAAAUUGA